CCUUGGCCUCCCAGCACGCACAAUGACCUGGUCUAGCUGCCUCCGUGCUUCCCGAGCUUUCGCCGCUCUUGCCGCGGGCCUCGCGGCGGCAGGCGUUGUGGCGUUCGACAACUCCAGAUUCGAUAAUGUCGCGAUUUACUGGGGCCAGAACUCCUACGGUGCCACCCACACCGACGUUGCGAACUUCCAGAAGCCGCUGGCUUUCUAUUGUCAGGACGAUUCCAUUGAUGUGAUACCAAUUGCCUUCAUCAACAAGUUUUUUGGUACCGGAGGCGCUCCACAGUUGGACCUGGCCAACAUCUGUAACACCACCGCCGACUCCGUCUUCCCCGGAACGGGGCUCCUCGAUUGCUCUUUUAUGGCGUCGGAUAUACAGACGUGCCAGUCAAAGGGCAAGGUCGUUACCCUCAGCCUCGGUGGGGGUGGCGCGAGCGUCGGGUUUCAAUCUGACAGUCAGGCCGAGGCCUAUGCGGAUACCAUCUGGAACGACUUCCUAGGUGGCUCGAGCUCGACGCGUCCCUUCGGUAGCGCAGUCCUAGACGGGGUGGACCUCGAUAUAGAGGGAGGCUCUACCACCGGUUAUGCAGCAUUCGUAACGCGUUUACGUUCCCACUUCAGCGGCGCGAGCAAGCAGUACUACAUAACUGGCGCGCCCCAAUGUGUCUACCCAGAUGCUUCUCUCGGAUCGACAAUCAACUCGGUGGCUUUCGACGCUAUAUACGUUCAAUUCUACAAUAACCCGUGCGGCUUGCAGGUGUUCAACUCGGCCUCGGGCUUUAACUUUGGCAUCUGGGAUAUCUGGGCACGAACCAUCAGCCCGAACCCGAACGUGAAGGUGUACAUCGGUGCCCCUGCAUCGACCACCGCGGCGGGAUCGGGAUACCAGGAUCCCGCAACGCUCGCCAACAUCCUCAAGACGACCCGGAACCGAUUCCCGUCCUUCGGAGGCGUCAUGAUGUGGGAUGCCUCGCAAGCGUACCAGAACAAUAGAUACGACGUCGCGGCGAAGAACGCGCUCGUCGCUGCCGGCGGGACCGGCUUCACCUUCCCUGCUUGUACAGCGAACGCGUUCGUUGCAGGCACUAAUUACCCCGGCAGCAGUCAGGUGUCGUUCAACGGGUAUAUUUGGGAGUCCAAGUGGUUCUCGUCGAACCAGCCGAGCGCGGACCCCAAUGGUGACUGGAUGCCCAUCAGCGCCUGUGCUGGGAAUGCGCCCUCGGGGCCGUCGUCCACGACCACGUCGGGAGCUAGCUCUCCUACUGGGGGUAGCUGUGCAGGCGUAGCUGCAUGGAACGCUGGGUCUGUGUAUACUGGGGGGCAACAGGCCUCGUUCAACGGUCAUUUGUGGACGGCCAAGUGGUGGACCGAGGGGGACACACCCGGAGGAUCCGCCGGCGUCUGGACCGACGACGGGGCUUGUGCAAGCGCCAAGCGGGAGGCACUCGCAGAAGCAACCGACGCACUCGCGCACCCCCGCGCGUCCUCCCGCUUCUUCCGCCUCUAACGGGGGAGCACACCCGACGGGAGCGGCGCGCUCCCAGCGCUUGCAUAACCCAAUCACACAGAUUGGCUGGAGUGCUGGGAGAGGCCAGCUCGGUAUCGAUUUCUUUAUUCCUUUUAUUGACGACUAUAACGCCCUGUGCGUAUGACCACCGUGACGCAGAUACUAGUACGUCUGAUGACGCCCUUCUGUUCACGAAGUUACGAGAUGUGUGCUUCUAGCUAUCGUGCGGGCGGGCUUGGCAUUGUAUGUUUAGUAGAGGGCUCGCGGCCUCGGGACUCGGAUGCGCCUGUAUGC